AUGGGCAACGCAAUGGCAGACGUCAUCCAGGAUUCUCCCUUGGGACAGAUCCUCCGGUUCGUCACACGAAAUAAGGUCUAUGCCUUCCCCGAAGACGAUCCUAACUUCAAGAUCCCAUGGGAGGAUACUUCUUUGUCUGAGAAGGAGAAAGAAAUCGAAGCCGAUCUGGGCAGCCUUGCCACUCCAGACGCCCUGUUGCCGCCGCAGUCCUUCGUGACCCGUGACGAUGUUGAAGGCGGAGGACUCAGUACCAUCCCUACCUCUCAUUCCUCUGCGCGUUCGCGCAUCGGGGUUGUCACGACCAGAACAAUUACCCGAGAGCGGACCGUCCCGUUCUCGAGAGAACGUUUUGAAGUGGAACAAGAAGAGGCCAUCGAGCGCCAACAGAGCAGCAUAAUCGCUCCUCAAAGGACGGCCGACGGCAUCAUCCUUGUGGAUUGGUAUACCACGGACGACUCGGCCAAUCCGCAAAACUGGAACAGCUGGAAAAAGGCAUGGGUCUCUUCAGUCAUAUGGAUGUACACUUUCGCGGUCUACUGUGCCAGUGCCAUCUACACCUCGGCGGAACCGCAGAUCAUGGAGAAGUUCGGGGUUGGGACGAGCAAGGCUGCAUUGGGUCUGAGCAUGUAUGUUCUGGGCUAUGGCACGGGACCUAUGCUCUUUUCGCCCCUAUCAGAGAUACCAAUUAUUGGGCGCAAUAUUCCAUAUGUUAUUUCGUUUGGCCUGUUCGUCAUCCUCUGCGUCCCAACAGCAUUGGCCGACAGCUAUGCUACGCUUUUGAUCCUACGGUUCUUGACAGGCUUCAUGGGGAGUCCCUGUCUGGCCACCGGUGGCGCCACCAUGGGAGAUAUGUACGGACUCCUCAAGCUUCCCUAUGCAUUGACUGCCUGGGUCGCAGCGGCAUUCUGCGCACCAGCCGUCGGCCCUCUUUUGUCCGGCUUCAGUGUGGUGGUGAAAGGCUGGCGCUGGGCCCUUUGGGAAGUCCUCUGGGGCGCGGCACCGGUGUUUGUCCUCAUGUUCAUCUCCAUGCCCGAGACCAGCGCCAACAACAUCCUCCUCCGACGCGCCCAACGUCUUCGCAAGCUCACUGGCAAUCCCAACCUCAAGUCUCAAGGCGAGAUCGAUCAAGGCAACCUCAGCUUCAGCAAGAUUGCCGGCGAACAGCUAUGGAAGCCGAUUGAGAUCUUCAUCAAAGACCCAGCAGUCUUCUUCACCAAUGUCUACACCAGUCUGAUCUAUGGAAUCUACUACUCCUUCUUCGAGGCCUUCCCGCUCGUCUACCUCGGCGUGUACGGCUUCAACAUCGGCCAACUCGGCAUCGUCUUCACCUGCAUCGUGGCCGGCUGCGUCAUCGGCAUUGUCAUCUACUGCUCCUACGUCUACUGGUACCUGGAGCCGGACAUCAAGAAGAACGGCCUGCGCGCCCAGGAACACCGCCUCGUCCCCGCCCUGUUCGCCGUCACCCUCAUGCCCGCCGGCAUGUUCUGGUUCGGCUGGACCGCCCAGGCCGACAUCCACUGGAUCGUCAGCGUCAUCGGCAUCACCUUGUACGCCGUCGGCGCCUUCAUCGUCUUCCAGUGCAUCUUCAUGUACCUGCCCCUCACCUACCCGGCCUACGCCGCCAGUCUGUUCGCCGCUAACGACCUCUGUCGCUCCGCGCUGGCCGCCGGCGCCGUCAUCUUCGCCCACCCGCUCUACGUCAACCUCGGCAUCGGCCGCGGCAUCAGUCUGCUCGGCGGCUUGCUCGGCGGCGGCGUCCUCGGCAUGUGGCUGCUGUGGUACUUCGGUGCCAGUCUUCGCGCCAGGAGCAAGUUCGCCAUGAAAUAG